CUUUUCUCUUCUAAUUUCUAAAUUUAAUCUCUCUCUUCGAAAAUUGCAGGUGGCAGCCAACAAUGGCUUCGACUUUGUUGAGAACCCUAACGAGAUCCUCCAAUUUGGGUUGGAACGCCAGAAGUUUUAGCCUUGUCACCAGUCAAAUUACCAACCAUACUGCCAAAUGGAUGCAGGAUGCUAGCAAGAAAUCUCCAAUGGAGUUGAUCAAUGAAAUUCCCCCCAUCAAGGUUGAAGGCAGGAUUGUUGCAUGCGAAGGAGACACUAAUCCUGCACUCGGGCAUCCUAUUGAGUUCAUAUGCCUUGACUUGAAGGAACCAGCCGUCUGCAAGUAUUGUGGUCUACGCUAUGUGCAGGAUCAUCAUCAUUAGAGUAAUGGUGCUCUUAUUUUCAAUAUUAAUCAUCUGCAUGGGGAUUGGCGUUCUUGGACAAAUCUGUGUCAAUCUUUUGUCAACUUGUUUCAAUUACUUUGCACUUUCAGUUGACAAAUCCUUGUAUUAAAGGCAUUUCGAUUUGUUCAAUGUCAAUAGAAUAAGGAUUUGGCAUGACCAUUAUCUUGCUUGUUUGGUCAUUUUCUGAACCAAAUUUCCAUUAUCUAUUUAUUUACAUCGAUGUGGUCUGGUUUAGACUA